GUCAUAUACAAUAAGUUAAUUGAGCUAAAUUUCUCUCAGUCGCAGUCCGCGAGUGAGAAACUUGGGAAGAUGUCAGCGAUCGUUAUACGCGCCAUGAAUAUGGAGGAUUUCGAGGAGGUGGAGGCCUUUCUCGCAAAGCACUUCUUCAAGCACGAGCCGCUUAUGCAGAUCCCCCAGAAGGACCCGACGCAGGCAGCAGUGAUUCCCGAGGAGGAGGAGCUGCACCGCUCGCUCAUCCCGCAGAACCUCUCCUUGGUGGCCGUCGACGUCGACGAGAAGCGCAUUGUGGGUGUGGUACUGGCUGGCGAGCUGACCCCCGAGGAUCUGGAGAGGGAGUUCCGGGAGACCGAGCAGAAGGAAGUCACCUGCCUGCUGGACAAGAUUCACAAGUUCCUGGCCGGAGUCGAGACACAGGCCAACGUCUUUGAGCACUUUGGAGUUCAGCGAGCCCUCUACCUCUACAUGCUCGGCGUGGACACCUCCGUUCGUCGCCAGAGAAUAGGAACCCGUCUUGUGGCCGCCACCAUCGAGCUGGGUCGCCAGCGGGGCUUCCCCGUACUGACCUCCACCUGCACCAGCCUGCACUCCAGGCGUCUCAUGACCGGUCUUCAAAUGGAGGUCGUCCUCUCGAAGGAUUACGCGGACUACAAGGACGAAAACGGGGAAGUCAUACUCCCAGCAGCCGAUCCCCAUACCUCAGCCAGUGUCGUGGGCAUCCGACUGUAGUGCCAUUAAAUUAACUCAUCAAAGGAUAUACUACAGUAUACUAUAGUAUUUUUAAACAAACAUAUUCGGUACAUUCUCCGAAAAACCCGCCACCCAAAACAAAAUUUGGAUGCAAUAUUAUUCGUAAUAUUUAAGUGAUAGUGUACAUCGAAGCAAACACAAAACGUGUUAUCUGAGGGUUGUCGCAUGUAGCCCUACAAAGAGCUAGAGUUUUUCGGCCGAAUAUGUUUGAGAAUGAGUCAACGGAUUUUAAUGCAAUAUCUUAUGUGAAGAACACUAAAAGUUUUAGGAA